AUGUAUGGAGAUAAUGAAUAUGUUGAUGAUAGAGAUAUGAUGCAAGUAGAAGACGAAGGAGGAGAAGGAAGAGGUGAUGGUGAUGAAGAUGAAGAUGAGUCACAGGAGAUAACUCAGGACGAUGCAUGGGCUGUUAUUAGUUCAUAUUUUGAAGAAAAAGGACUUGUGAGGCAACAAUUGGAUUCGUUUGAUGAGUUUAUACAGAAUACAAUGCAGGAAAUUGUUGAUGAAACUGCUGAUAUCGAAAUUCGGCCUGAAUCUCAGCAUAAUCCUAGUCGUCAAGCUGAUUUCGUGGAGACAAUCUAUAAGAUCAAGUUUACUCAGAUAUACUUGAGUAGACCUAUGAUGACAGAGUCUGAUGGAGAGACUAAUACUUUGUUUCCAAAGGCUGCAAGGUUAAGAAACUUAACAUACUCUUCCCCGCUAUACGUUGAUGUGAAGAAGGAAGUAAUAAAGAAAGGUCAUGACUAUGAAGAAGUGACAGAAAAUCAGGAAUUUACCAAAGUUUUCAUUGGAAAGGUUCCUAUAAUGCUUCGAUCAAGCUACUGCAGCUUGUAUAACCUAUCGGAGAAAGAUUUGACAGAGUUGGGAGAGUGCCCUUAUGAUCAAGGUGGAUACUUCAUAGUCAAUGGGAGUGAGAAAGUUCUGAUUGCACAGGAAAAAAUGAGCAAUAAUCAUGUCUAUGUAUUCAAGAAAAGACAACCAAACAAGUAUGCUUAUGUGGCAGAAGUUCGGUCUAUAUCCGAGGGCCAAAACAAGGCACCUAGUGGCAUGUUUGUUAGGAUGCUUUCUAGGUCUAAUUCUAAGGUUGGGGCGUAUGGCCAAUAUAUUCGUGCCACUCUUCCAUACAUACGGGCUGAAAUUCCAAUUAUAGUUGUCUUCAGGGCAUUAGGAUUUGUAGCUGACAAGGAUAUAUUGGCGCAUAUUUGUUAUGAUUUUGCUGACACUCAGAUGAUGGAAUUACUUCGCCCUUCCUUGGAAGAAGCUUUCGUGAUUCAAAAUCAGCAGGUGGCACUUGACUAUAUUGGCAAAAGAGGAUCUACUGUUGGUUUCACAAGAGAAAAGAGAAUCAAGUAUGCCAAAGAGAUUCUCCAAAGGGAAAUGCUUCCACAUGUUGGUACUAGAGAAUAUUGUGAAACUAAGAAAGCCUUCUAUUUUGGCUACAUCAUCCAUCGUCUUUUACUCUGUGUACUGGGACGGAGGCCUGAAGAUGAUAGGGAUCAUUAUGGAAACAAAAGACUGGAUCUUGCUGGCCCUUUACUUGGUGGUUUAUUCCGAAUGCUAUUCAGGAAGCUAACAAGGGAUGUGAGAUCCUAUGUUCAAAAGUGUGUUGACGGUGGAAAGGAUGUGAAUUUGCAAUUUGCCAUUAAAGCAAAAACAAUUACAAGUGGACUUAAGUAUUCUCUUGCUACUGGGAACUGGGGACAAGCAAAUGCUGCUGGUACCAGGGCAGGAGUUUCACAGGUUUUGAAUCGUUUGACAUUUGCAUCUACUCUUUCUCACUUGCGUAGAUUGAACUCACCAAUAGGGCGGGAGGGUAAAUUGGCAAAACCUAGACAGCUUCAUAAUUCUCAUUGGGGAAUGAUGUGUCCAGCAGAAACGCCCGAAGGACAAGCAUGUGGACUGGUAAAGAAUCUUGCUUUAAUGGUGUAUAUAACAGUAGGAUCAGCAGCAAAUCCAAUUUUGGAGUUUCUAGAAGAGUGGAGUACAGAAAAUUUUGAGGAAAUAUCUCCCGCGGUUAUUCCCCAAUCUACCAAGAUUUUUGUAAAUGGUUGUUGGGUUGGCAUUCAUCGUAAUCCAGAUCUGUUGGUUAGGACACUGAGACAGCUGAGGAGACAGGUUGAUGUUAAUACUGAAGUUGGAGUUGUCCGCAAUAUAAAUCUGAAGGAACUGAGGCUGUAUACAGAUUAUGGACGUUGUAGUAGGCCGUUAUUCAUAGUUGAUAAAAAGAGAUUGAGGAUAAAGAAGAAGGAUAUUGUCGCACUGCAAAUGAGGGAGUCAACUGAAGAUUCUGGCUGGCAUGAUCUUGUGGCGAAAGGAUAUAUUGAGUAUGUUGAUACUGAGGAGGAAGAGACUACAAUGAUCGCAAUGACCAUAAAUGAUCUUACAAAUUCAAGGCUGAACCCAGAUGAGGCUUAUGCGGAGACCUACACACACUGUGAAAUCCAUCCAUCUUUGAUAUUGGGAGUGUGCGCUUCAAUCAUACCAUUUCCAGAUCAUAACCAGUCCCCUCGUAACACAUAUCAAUCCGCUAUGGGAAAGCAAGCAAUGGGGAUUUAUGUCACCAAUUACCAAUUUCGGAUGGAUACAUUGGCCUAUGUACUGUAUUAUCCACAAAAGCCUCUUGUUACUACGCGAGCUAUGGAGCAUUUGCAUUUCAGGCAGCUUCCAGCUGGCAUUAAUGCCAUUGUUGCCAUUACCUGCUAUUCUGGCUAUAACCAAGAAGAUUCCAUCAUCAUGAAUCAAUCUUCAAUUGACCGUGGCUUCUUCCGCUCUCUAUUUUUCCGUUCAUAUAGGGAUGAAGAGAAAAAGAUGGGAACGCUUGUUAAAGAGGAUUUUGGGCGUCCUGAUAGAGAACAUACCAUGGGAAUGCGACAUGGAAAUUACGAUAAAUUAGAAGAUGACGGAUUUGCACCUCCUGGAACAAGAGUUUCUGGUGAUGAUGUCAUUAUUGGAAAGACCACACCUAUUUCUCAAGAUGAGGCUCAAGGACAAUCUGCAAGAUACACGCGCAAAGACCAUAGUACCAGUCUACGACAUAGUGAAACUGGAAUUGUGGAUCAGGUUCUUUUGACAACAAAUGCAGAUGGAUUGAGAUUUGUCAAAAUAAGGAUGAGAUCUGUCAGAAUUCCACAGAUUGGAGACAAAUUCAGCAGCCGGCAUGGACAAAAAGGAACCAUUGGAAUGACUUAUACACAAGAAGACAUGCCAUGGUCCGCUGAAGGCAUCACCCCAGAUAUUAUUGUGAAUCCACAUGCUAUCCCUUCUCGUAUGACAAUAGGUCAGCUAGUUGAGUGCAUCAUGGGGAAGGUUGCUUCUCACAUUGGAAGGGAAGGAGAUGCUACCCCUUUCACUGAUGUUACUGUGGAUAGUAUCAGCAAAACUCUACUCCAGUGUGGCUAUCAGAUGCGUGGUUUUGAGAGAAUGUAUAAUGGUCAUACAGGUCGUAUACUAAGUGCAAUGAUAUUCUUGGGGCCAACUUACUACCAGAGAUUGAAGCACAUGGUGGAUGACAAGAUCCAUUCUCGUGGCCGUGGUCCUGUGCAGAUUCUCACUAGGCAGCCUGCUGAAGGGAGAUCUCGCGAUGGAGGACUACGAUUUGGGGAGAUGGAACGUGACUGUAUGAUAGCUCAUGGAGCUGCACACUUCCUUAAAGAGAGACUGUUUGAUCAAAGUGAUGCUUACAGAAUUCACGUAUGCCAGCAAUGUGGUUUAAUGGCUAUUGCUAAUCUGAAAAAGAUGUCAUUCGAGUGCAGAUCUUGUAGGAAUAAAACUGACAAUGUUCAGGUGUAUAUUCCCUAUGCCUGCAAGCUUCUGAUUCAAGAGCUCAUGUCAAUGGCUAUUGCCCCAAGAAUGCUUACAAAGGAAUUGAAACCAUCAAAUGGAAAGUAAGCAUCCUGACAGCACCACUUCUUUCACACUCCAGUUCUGCACUUGGUCAUCACACAUCUAUCUACUGGACUAAAUAAAGAUGUUUCAGACUCCAAAC